CUGCUUUAGUACAACCUAUUGGUGGUUCUCGUGUAGGUAAAAUUGUACAUGGUAAUAUGGUGUAUAAUCCAGAUGGUGCCAUACAAGCUACCAUUUGUAUUUGUUCAUGGGGAACCUUUUGUUGCAGAGUAUGCUCGUAUCCGACCAUCAGCUUGUGAAGGGAUCAUAAUAUAUGCCACCUCUCUAUACUGAACACGAUUGGAUUCUGAUGUAUCCUAGCAAUACUCCUCCCUGCCCUCCUCUCACUUGUUCAGAGGUCGUCCCAAAGAUGAUUGACAACUUCCAUUUCCUGUGCACUGGAGAAAAAGGGGAUGUAUACAAGGGCUGCUUCUUCCACCGAAUCAUCAAAGGAUUUCAUGAUUCAGGGUGGGGAUUUUGCAGGAAAACAAUGUCUGAAGAGCAUUAG